AAGAAAAAGUUAGCCAUACAGAUCGGUUCCUUCACCACAUCCAACUCUUAAAAGUCUUUGAAGAUUGAAUUAUUAUAAACCAAAUGUAAAACUGAGGAAUUAAGUAUCCAGACUCUAACUGUUGCUUACACCUACGACUUUUCCAAAGUUGAAAGUUCUUGUUUUCUUUCUUUUCACUUGAUGAAAGUGGUGGUAAAAGGAGAAAAUGAUUUUGUCUUUGUUACGUUCACUUCCGUUUCUCAAUGAUGACGGAAUUGAACUAUACGGUAAUUUUUCCCAGGACCGUGGGCUAGAUGACAGGAAGCUGCUGCCCUACUUUCCGUUCCGAGAUGACGGCAUCAGAAUCUUAAAAGUUAUCGAAGCCAUGGUUGAAGAUUACGUCAACUUGUAAGUGAGCAUGGAGCCCUCAUCUUAUUUCCAUAUUAAAAGUGACUUAGAAGCUUUAUUCAGGCUCUACCAAACAGUCCAGGUGUGCCUGUAAAAUAUCUCGCUCGGCUUUGUGUGGAACUUGCACCUUCACGAUAGAGUUAUCUCAGACAACAUCGUUUGCUUGACGCGUACACUGGCAUCAUUGUGGGCCUCCCAUGGGUUUUGGGAAAUAAGGGAACAGGAUCAUUUAUUUCAGAGGAGCAGGGGAUGUUUUAGGGAUUAAUUCAAGGGAAAAAGAGAUAUCUCUAUACUAUUAAAAGUAACUUUGACAGAAAAAAUUAUUGGGAACAAUGGAAUUCAUUAAUGGCGAGCAAGGAAGCAAAAGUGAAAUUUUCAAGCGAUCAAGGAAACACGCUACUCCUUACACCCUGGAAGACCAUCAUCAUUGUUUGCGUCUUGCAUUUAGAAAUUUCCCCAGCAGGAAUAAAGUAGUAGAAAAAGCAUGCAGUUCGCUUUUAACUGUUCAUGCCAUGUUUGAAAGAUACCAAUUGAAACCCACUCUGAGUAAGAAAUAAAGACACUUCGCCUUGUCCUUUCAACUUUGUUCAAUUCUUUUACUACUAUCUUGAAAGUCAAGCAGUAUUCUAGACUGAGAAGUACGCGUGUAAAAAACAGUUUGAACCACCCUGAUAAGCUCAUAAUGAACGCAGAACUGUUAUACCUGCCAUAAUUGUAGUUCUAUUUUGAAAUCUAUUUUCCUUUUUCGUAUCCGUAGUCAUAAUUUGGAGCGAAAGAUAAUUACCAUCAACAUGAAUCGAAAAAUGUCGAAGCCAAAAACAACCUUAAACGUAAAGACCGUAAACAACAGCGACCUUUUAGACCCCUUUGUUUAUCCUUUCAAUGUCAUGCAAAGCGGUUUAACGGUGUCUAGGUAUUAUAAAGAGGAUCAAGACGUGAAGGAAGACCUGGAACUUCAGGCUUACCUCAAUGAAGUGUCACUGGACGGAACUGGACCGAAUGGCGGCAUUGGAAGGAUUCGAGGUUUGCAAGCAAGCAUUGAUUCAAAGGAAGACCUCUGUGAGAUAGUUAGUCGAAUAAUCUCGCACGUGACAAUCUAUCACGCCUCGGUCAACUAUGUCGUAAAAGACUACCCUGAAUACAUUCCCAACCAGCCAACUAAACUGUACGAUGACACCAGAGUGGAAGAUGGGAAAUUCUCUGUUUUCCGCCUUCCUAACAGGCUGGGAAGUGCUAUCCAAUCCUCAGCGUUCUUGACCCUGGGAGAAUUUCGUUUCGAUUCCCUGUUUGACUACGGGAACGAGCUUCAAGACAUUGACGCCGUGAACCUCGUCAAUGGUUACUAUAGUUACCUCAUGACCGUUGUUCAACCUCGUAUGCAAGAAGAAAAUGAAAUGCGGAAGAAGACUGGACAUCUGACUUAUCCAUAUUUUAUUCCAAGAUGGCUGCCGAAUAGUGUUCAGACCUAGAAAACCUUGGUUAUGUUGGAUGGGGACGUGCGCUACAAAGCUUUAACUUACUGUUUUAAGUUCCCUGAAUGUGCAAAUAUUGGAGGGCAUGUUGUUAAGGGUGUGGUUUCUUUUUUGAUUCCUAUGCACGUAGUAAUUGUGAUUAGUCACCGAAAAUUAAAGCCGUAGGUGAAAAACAUUGGGUUCAUUUUGCCCCGCAUACGUACGUUGAAAGCAAAUCAACCUUGUGUAAUGCGCGCGAGCGUUUGUUGUCGUCAUUUUUCUCGUCCUUUAUCUUCCGUCUUCACAGCGCAGCCUUGACAAACUUUUAGAGAUAGAAAACGUUUGUCGCGUUUCGUAACAUAGAGGCAUGAGGAGCUGCGGGAAAACGAGCCGAAAGCGAAUGUUUCUUUAGUUCUCUCUUUAGCUCUUACAAGAGUGUUUACUGCUCGGUAGAAACACGAGGAAAGUGAUUUAUAUUUUUUUUGUGAAAACACGGCCAUUUAGAUAUUUCUUCUCGUCCUCAAAAAAUAUUGCCAGUUGAACAAAAACCGCCUUUUAUCGCAUACGAUAAACAGUAUAACCCUAAUAAGGGGCUUUGAAUGGCAAGUUCCACCCUCGUUUCGGAGAUAUUUGAUAUUUCUGCUUUAAAUGUACCUAGAUUUCCGAGUAAAUCGUUUUUGUUAUUGGGUACCCAAUAAGGCCUACACGGGGGAUUAACUCUUAUACGCUCGCCUGCAAUGCAGGCGUAUUUUGGCGAGCGAGCGCAUUUUGAUCAAGCAAGCGCCAUCUUGGAUCAAAUUCGGAAGGGACAUGAGGAGAAACGAAAAGGCGUCCUAGGGAGAAACCUCAAGGCUGAAAGAAGAGCCAACAUGGCGGGGAAUCUUCUCGAUCGCGAGCUAAUACCGAAUAUUCAUGGACACACGAAAAAUGCCUGCAAGCAUUGAAUGGGCGUAGGGAGUCCUUACUUUCUUAACAUGGCGAAAUGCAAGAGUUAAAACAACACCAAUGGAAACAAAGUAUAAUUCCAUACACUUAUUUAUAGGUGUUUUCCAAUAAAACCGGCUUAAUCUAGAUCCUAAAUGAAAGAAAUUAAAGAGAAAACUGCUUUGCCUUGCUAUAGAUCUGUGCCGAAACAACGGCGCCCCGCGACUUUUUUAAGUUCUAAGAGCACAGGCUUCAGACAGCUUACUGAAGGUUUACAAAGGUUACAUGAAUCAUCCAUGCAAGAGGAGGACAGAGCAUUGUCAAGGAAACUAGACAACGUUACCCUUCCCAGCGAUACUUGAACUUAAAACUAAGGUGUCGAUACAUAUUGACUCAGUGGGAAGUGUCAACUUGCAUAUCGCGUUGUCACUGAGCAACUCAUUAUCAGUUCUCUUUUACGGCUUUGGUGCCUCUCGUUUUUUUGCUUUUCCUGUGGUUUCAAGCCAUUAACUUUGAGGUCUUGUGUAAAUUUAAGGCUCUAGUCUAUGCUAAGAGAAUCACUCCCAAAGGAGCACGAACAGGCCUAAAAGCGCCCAGAACAAACUAAAGUGCAUCAAGGAACUUCAACUGCACCUGUACAUGUAUUUCCUCAAUUAAGCGUCGGGGUGACUAUAGUUCUCUCCUAUAAACAGUACAAUCUUCAUGAUUGAAACAACUUUAUGUUUCAGGUAUGUCAUUUCAAUUUAGUUCCGAAGUGAUUUUGCCCUUUCUUACUUGAUACAUUCAUUCAGACUGGUUUCUAACGUAUUUUUACUUUUUUAACCAAGAAAGAAGGGAAAAAAACUUUCAUAAAGGCGCUUUUUCAGGGUGUAUAAAACUAGGCAAACAUACCUCGGCAAACAUUUCUCUUUGUUAUCAAGCCUUUGUUUUCUUUAUUUUAUCUGAAUGAUCGUCGGUCAGUUGUACAGGUUUUUGUGCCGAGGAUUAGCCCCAGCGAGGGUGCCUAAUCGAGGAAAUAAUGCACUGUAAUCAUAUCUGUCGUAUUGGUACAGUUCUCUUUAGUAACGCAUGUCCUCGUCUGAUUCACAACAUUUGACUCAAAAUCGCGCAAAUAAAUCAUAUAACUAAAAUUACAACAUCGUACACAAGACUGUUAAAAA